CGUGUACAUAUAAUUCAUAUUGUACUUCAUCGAAAAUAAUCUAAAGUAAUAAUUAGAAUGAUGUCAAAAUCAAUCAUCCUCAUUUCUCUGGCCGUUUUUGCCAGUGCCGCCACCACCAACCCCUUAAUGGACUGUCAAACACUCACAUUCGCAUGUGACGAGGGUUUCACGCAAAAUAAUAACUUGGAAGUAUGUUGUAUCUGGGAAGGGGCCUGUGAUGAAGGAAUCCCAAUCUGCUCAGAGGAAGUGUGCUGUCGUGCCGAAGAGGAAGUACCUAUGGAAAGUUCAGUAUACGAAGAUAUGGACGAGUACUUGAUAGAGUACCCUGAGGCCUCCGAGACCUACCCUGAGAUUUUCGUCGAAGAAGAUACCAAGGAAGACGCAGCCGCAGACAUCGACAUCGAAAGUCUAAUAGAGGGCGAAGAAUCAGCUUAAAUACAUUAACAAACCGUACCUUAUUAUAAAGUAGUGGAAAUAAAUAUGUAGUAAGUUCGUGACAUUUAUAGAUUGAAC